UAUAGAUACCUAUUAGUUUACAAGGAUUUUUGUACUUUUAUCAAAUAUUUAAAUAUUAUUGAAAUUAUCUAAUUUGGAAUCAUUAUAAUGGAUGCUCUAAAUCUAGCUUCUGGCGACAGCACUUCAUUAUCUCCAAGACAUGUUCAUGAAGAAGUUGAAAAAUUAGAAGAUAUGGGGCUAAUGCCAGAAAGUAUUGAUAAAAAAUCAUCAGAUCAAAAUGAAAUUAUACCCGAUAUGAUGGACAAAAAUGAAUUGAAAUUAAAAGAAAGAAUUAAACAAUGUCGAGAGAUAAUAGAAUCUUUAAAAUUAGAGUUAAAAGAAGAAAAGGCUAAAUUAGGAAAUAGCAAAAAUUAUCAAAAUUCACCUGUUUUGGAAUUUACGCAUUUUCACCCGACGGCAUGUCGAGAUGUCCCUUUAGCUGAUAUUUAUACAGAAGAUUUUUUAAGUCCAACAAAUGUUUAUGAAAAUUGUGUGGAUAAUAAAUUGAAAUGCGAUGAAAAUCUUAUGGAAUAUGAAAAACAGUUGCAAAAGUACCAGAAUACAUUGAAUUUGGCUCAGUUAGAAAAGAAAAAUAUUAUCAGAAAACAAAUGCUGGCUAAGGCUUAUAGACUUAAAAUAUUAGAAAUAGAGAAUCAAUGUAAUAUUGAAUUAUUGCGAGUAAAACAAAUUUUACAAUGUUUAGAGCCAUUGCAAAUGAUUGCCAAUAAAUGGAAAUGUAAUACAGAUUACUCUUCUCAUGAUAUAAAUAAUUUUGAGUUGAUCCCCAGAUAUUCAGAAUUGAGCGCUGUCUCUGCAAGCGAUAUAUCUUCUUUUAAAGACGACUCUAAUAACAUUAAAGUGACCCCCAGAAAACAUGUACACGACGAUCCUACAUCCUCUCAUUGUUGAUUUAACAAUGUUAUAAAU